AAACAAGCCAUCAGGCUCUCCAGAACAUGCCCAGAGUCCUCCGGGAAGUGGAGGUCUUGAAACAGGAGGCAACGUUCCUGAAGGAGCAGAUGAUCCUCGUUAAAGAGGAUAUAAAGAAGUUUGAAGAAGACACAGCUCAGUCCAUGCAGGUCCUGGUAGAGAUUGACCGAGUGAAGUCCAGGAUGCAACUGGCUGCCGAGUCACUUCAGGAAGCAGACAAAUGGAGCACACUAAGUGCAGAUAUUGAGGAGACUCUUAAAACACAGGACGUGUCCCUGAUCGCAGCCAAGCUGACCAGCAUGCAGAGCAGCCUGGCCAUGCUGGUGGACACGCCGGAUUACUCAGAGAAGUGUGUGCACCUGGAGGCGCUGAAGAACCGCCUGGAGGCCAUGGCCAGCCCCCAGAUUGUUGCUGCUUUCAACUCCCAGUCUGUAGAUCAGGCAAAAAUGUUUGUUAAAGUCUUCACUGAAAUCGAUCGGAUGCCCCAGCUCCUGGCUUACUAUUACAAGUGUCACAAGGUGCAGCUGGUGGCCGUGUGGCAGGAGCUUUGCCAGAGUGACCUGAGCUUGGAUCGCCAGCUGACCGAGCUGUACGACACCCUCCUGGGCACCUGGCACAGCCAGCUCCAGUGGGCAGCACAGGUUUUCAGGAACCCGCAUGAAGUCGUGACCGUGCUGCUGAUUCAGACCCUGGGAGCCCUGGUGCCUUCCAUCCCCGUGUGUCUCAGCACUGCCAUGGAGAGGACGGGCCAGGACACCAAGCUGGCCCAGCUGCUGGAGCUGCACGAUGCCACCGUCCACUUUGCCAAGGGGCUGGAGGUAGCCAUGCUGCCAAACCUCAAGGAGCAGAACCUGGUGAAAGUGAUGGAGCUCGUGGAAGUGGUGUAUGCUCCCUACAAGCCCUAUCAGCUCGAGUAUGGAGACCUGGAAGAAGAGAAUCUCCUCAUCCAGAUCAGUGCAGUGCCCUUGGAGCACUGGGAGGUGAUUGAUUGUGUGCAGGAGCUGAGCCACUCGGUCAGCAAGCUGUUCACGCUGGCGGCCGGGGCCAUCGACAGCUGCGUCAAGCUCACGGAUGGCCUGGGCGUGUGUGGGCUGCUCAAGGCCCUCAAGGCCCUCUUCUCCAAGUACACAUCUGACUUCACAAACACGCUGCAGUCCAUACGGAAGAAAUGUAAACUGGAUGAUGUCCUGGCAGAUUCCCCGUUCCAGGAGGACUGGACUGCCUUCCAAAACUCUGUCCGGAUAAUUUCCAUUUGUGGUGAACUCCUUCAUCAGUGUGGAGACUUUGAGCAGCAGCUGGCCAACAGGAUUUUGUCAACUGCCGGGAAGUAUCUCUCAGACUCCUACAGCCCUUGCAGUUUUUCUGGCUUGCAGGACACCAGUUCUGCAGAAAGGAAGAGCUCCAUAAAAAAUCCCUGGCAGGAAUACAAUUAUCUCUCGAAGGAGAAUCCAUCUGAGUAUGCCAGCCUUAUGGAAACACUUUACACCCUGAAGGGCUGGAGUUCUGGUGGCCUUGGUGAGACCCUGACAGAUGACCUGCCAAACUUCAGCCUGACCCCUCUGGAAUACAUCAGCAAUAUUGGGCAAUACAUUAUGUCUCUUCCUCUGCACCUUGAGCCAUUUGUCACUCAAGAGGAUUCUGCUUUGGAACUGGCACUACAUGCUGGAAAGCUGCCAUACCCCCCAGAGCAAGGGGAGGAGCUGCCCGAGCUGGACAACAUGGCUGACUACUGGCUGGGCUCCAUCGCCAGGGCCACCAUGCAGACCUACUGCGAGGCCAUCCUGCAGAUCCCACAGCUCUCACCUCACUCCACCAAGCAGCUGGCCACGGACAUUGAUUAUCUCAUAAACGUGAUGGAUGCCCUGGGCCUGCAGCCCUCACGGGCGCUGCAGAACAUUGUGACCCUGCUGAAGGCCAAGCCAGAGGAGUUUCGCCAGGCUGCCAAGAGCCUGCCCCGCCGGAUGGCCGCUGGCAUCGCAGCCAUGAGGGGCCUGCAUUGCCAGCUGUGCCCUCCCUGCCUCUGGCCCCUGCUCAAGGACUCAUCUCCUCACAUUGGUUUUCAUUUCUGCAAGGACAGUGAAAAGAUCUCUGGGGACUAGGGGAAUUUAUUUCAGACUAACUUUUAAUAAAGGUCUUUGUCUAGGAAAAGCUUG